AUGGUCAACUUGCCGCCAUCGUUUCCGCGUAAGUCCUCUGUAAUCCUUGACAAGGCGAUGUACAGACUGAGGAUGUUCCACAGCUACACAGCCUUCGAAUACGACGUCGUCACCUGGGAUCCUCGCGGCACGGGGACCACAAUCCCCGCUGUCUGCUUCGCGACGGCAGCAGAGCGACAGCUAGCUCUCGACAGGAUUCCAUAUAUCACCGAGUCGAACUUCGAGAGCAGCGCCCGCACGGCGUUUGGGGUCGCGGGGUCUGUUGCGCAGGCGUGCGAAGCCGCGUUGAAAGAUACAGGGGAUUUGCUGGGGAGUGCAUAUGUGGCGAGGGACAUGGUGGAGAUUGUUGAUUCUUUGGGUGAGGACGGGCUUUUGAGGUAUUAUGGGGCCUCGUAUGGCACUGCCUUGGGCAUGAUCUUUGCGGCCAUGUUUCCUGAGAAAGUUGAGAGCAUGGUGCUCGACGGUGUGCUCAACCCGCACGAGUAUGUCGCUGGAUUUCUGCUCGAUACUGACCCAGACUCUUCGAACAGAGACUACCAACAACUCGCCAGCACAGACGCCGUCUUCGCCGGGUUCCUCAGCGCCUGCCUCUCCCGCCCCACCGAAUGCCCCCUCGUCGCCCGCUCCACCUCAAUCAGAAACCUCCAGCAACAAUUCUCCGAAGGCCUCGAAUACCUCCAAAGCAACCCCUUCUCCUACGGCCCAAGCCCCUCCGCCUUCAUCACAGCCUCCAGCCUCGAACAAACCAUCAUCCAAGGCCUCUACGCCCCCGCCGGGUGGCCCGCCCUCGCGGCAAACAUCGACGCCAUCAUCUCGCGCAACGCCACCGCCUACGCAGCCCUAAUCGCCGCGACCCCGACUCCCCCUCCCCCUCCCUUCAACGACAUGUCGCAACAAGAAUCCAUCCCCUCAAUCCGCUGCUCCGACGUCACCCUCCGCGCCACCGACGUCUCCCAAGUUCUCCCCAUCGCCCAAACCCUCUUGCGCCAAUCCCCGCAACUGGGAAGCUAUGUCCUCUUCGCGCAGCCCCUGCUCUGCUCGCAGUGGCCGUUCGUCGCCAAGGAGCGAUACACCGGCGCCUUUGACGUGCAGACGCGCAAACCGAUUUUGUUCGUCGGGAAUGUCUUCGAUCCGAUUACGAGUUUGGAUGCGGCAAGGAAUGCUUCUGCUACGUUUCAUGGGAGUCGGUUGUUGGUGCAUGAGGGGUAUGGGCAUACCUCGGAAAUGCAACUCUCUAAAUGCACGAUCGAUGCCGUGGGGGAGUAUUUUGUCAGUGGGAAGUUGCCGGCGGAGGGGACGGUUUGUCGGCCUGAUGUGCCUAUCUUCGCCACGACAGAGGAGCUUGUGGCGUCGCAGAGGGAGUUGUUGAGGCCAUCUAGUUGA